GUACCAGUCUACAUAACAUGGACGGUGCGAAAGAACCCGAAGAACAUAAUCAUGUUCAGAAUAAACAUUCUUUAAACAACGGGGAAUACACACAAGUCGAAAAUGCGCUAGAUGCCAAUAAAUCCAGCAGUGAUGACAAAAGUAUUGAGAAAUCUGAGCUACGAACAGUGCUGGAGAGCUUUCUAAACAAGACAAUGAAAAUCAAGAUGUCAGAUGGACGAUCGCUGAUAGGAUCAUUCUUGUGCACAGAUAAGGAUGCUAACCUGAUACUUGGCAACUGUCAGGAGUACAUUUACCCUCCAACCCCAGAAUUUGAAGUGUUUGACAGUUUAGUUCGCUCCUAG